AUGGAUUUGCUCAAACUACUCUUUUGGAAUUGCCGUGGUGCUGGCAAUAAAAUCUUCAAGCGUAACCUUGUAGAGAUCAUUCGUUCUCAUAAACCUGAAAUCUUGAUCCUUAUGGAGACCAAAGUGGCCUUCAGUAGAAUGGGAAAUUUCUUUAACCGUUUGGGUUUUACGGCAUCUACUAUUGUUGACCCUGUUAGUAGAGUUAGCGGGUUUUGGAUAGUCUGGUACACUAAUCAUGUUAAUGUGAAAGCCUCUUCUGUUGGUUCCCAAGACAUUCAUACAACUGUCCACAAGAAAGACUAUGAGGAAUGGGUUCUAGUUGCGGUCUAUGCUAGCCAAAAUCCUACUUUAAAAGAGGAGCUAUGGAAUGAACUAGAAGAGGUGGCGAACAACAUGGAGAAAUCGUGGCUGGUGGCAGGGGACUUCAAUGACUAUACCAGCCAGAGUGAGAGAAGAAGCUUCUCAAUUAACCAAAGUUCAACUAAGUCCCAGAAAUUCCUUGAAAGAAUUAAUAACUGCAAUCUGAUAGAUUUAGGAAGCUUAGGACCUAGAAUGACCUAG